CCGAAGCAGAUGUGAGACCCACCUAUAACUUUUGGAUUCAACCGAAGCCCUCGUUCCAAACGUCGCCUCUUCUUCUCCUUCUCCUCUUUAUUAUUAAGAUAAGAGAAAACCUAAACGCCAUUCACAAGCCUCAAUUGCCUCUUCUUCUCCUUCUCCUUCUCCUUCUCCUUCUCCUUCUCCGUUCAUUCAAUAGUUUUUCUUCUUCUCGAUUUAAUACUUCUUUUUCUGGGUUUCGUUUUCGUGUUUGAUUAGUUUUCUACGAUUUCAAUUAUGGCACCGCCUGGAGAAACGCCGUCGAACAAUCUAUGGGUUGGAAAUCUAGCUCCCGACGUUACUGAUGCCGAUCUAACGUCUUUGUUCCAGAAAUACGGACAGCUUGAUAGUGUAACCGCCUAUUCCUCUCGCGGAUUCGGUUUCCUCUAUUUCAAAAACAUCAACGAUUCGAAGGAGGCUAAAGACGCGCUUCAAGGAUCCUUCUUUCAUGGAAAUCCUCUUAGGAUCGAAUUCGCUAAGCCGGCAAAGCCAUGCAAAAGUUUGUGGGUAGCUGGGAUUAGCAAGUCUGUGUCAAAAGAAGAAUUGGAAGAUCAAUUCAAGGGAUUUGGUAAAAUUCAAGAAUAUAAGUUCAUCAGGGAUCGCAACACCGCAUACAUUGAUUUUGCUAGACUGGAAGAUGCAGCAGAAGCGCUGAAGAACAUGAAUGGAAAAAAAUUCGGUGGUGAACAGAUUCGUGUGGAUUAUCUCAGGUCACAACCUACGAGAAGAGAGCAAGGACCAGAGUUUCGGGAAAUGAGGGAUGGACAGUAUCCCAAUAGGAACAUUGGUCAUCCUGACACUCGGCUUAUGCCUCAAGAUUUUGGCAGGAACUACUCUGAUCCUAUGCAUGCUGGCUUCAGAAGGCAACAUCCAUUUCAGUUGCCAGUGGGACAAGGACAUGGACAACCUAGUAAAGUCUUGUGCAUAACUUAUCCUCCCUCUGUCCAUGUUGAUGAAGAUAUGCUACACAAUGCUAUGAUUUUGUUUGGUGAGAUUAAUGGAAUAAAAACGUUUUAUGAUAGAAAUUUCUCAUUGGUUGAGUUUAGAAGCGUGGAGGAAGCUCAGCGUGCUAAAGAGGGUUUGCAGGGCAAGCUUUUCAAUGAUCCAAGAAUCACUAUUGAAUAUUCAAGCAGUGGUCCUGCACCUGGCAGAGAUUUCUUGGAGUAUCAUCCUUCAAUUAUAGGCCCAACAACUGACUCUUAUCCCAAUGAAAAUCCAUUCCAACCAGCACACAUGGGUAUGUUUGGCCAUAAUCGCCCUAUGUUGGCCUCUAAUGUACCUGGACGUUUGCCACCUUAUGGUAUUCAUGGUCCUGAUAUCCCAGCUAGGCCUUUGGGUAUGCAAGGCAGGUUUGAACCUGUUAUUUCAGGCCCAGAAUUUACUGAUUUGCCAGUAGCUAGUAAAUUGCAAGAUACAAGUCCUCAUAAUGUUAUGGGGGGUCCAAACUGGAAGCCGGUAUCUCCAACACCGGGGGUGCUUUCUUCUCCUUCAGGUGAGCAGAAACCACCUAGUAGAUCUGCCAUACCUGGCUGGGAUGUAUUUGAUUCUAGCCAACUUCAAAGGGAAACUAAAAGAUCGAGGAUUGAUGGGGCAUAUGAUAGUUCUUAUCCUCAUAAAAGAACAAGUGAUCGAGGUCCUGUGUUGGAUGAACAAUAUGGUUUGGGUCCAUUUGGUAGCAAUGUUCCUUCUGGUCCUGUUACAGUCAGUCGAGCAAAUAAUAGUGUUAGCCCUCUAGAUGCAAGAAUUUCUCCUGGACAGAGCCUUUCUGGCCAUGAUUAUAUAUGGCGUGGCACUAUUGCCAAGGGUGGAACACCUGUGUGUCAUGCUCGCUGUGUUCCUAUUGGAGAAAGUAUAGAAUCUGAGAUCCCUGAGGUAGUCAAUUGCUCCGCGAGAACAGGACUAGACAUGCUGACCAAACACUACGCAGAUGCUGUUGGGUUCAACAUUGUCUACUUCUUGCCUGAUAGUGAAAAAGAUUUUGCUUCAUACACCGAAUUUCUGAGGUACCUGGGUUCAAAAGAUCGGGCUGGGGUUGCGAAAUUUGCCAAUGGGACCACUUUGUUCUUGGUGCCACCUUCUGACUUUCUUACGAAGGUUCUGAAAGUUGUUGGUCCAAAACGUCUUUAUGGGGUGGUUCUAAAGUUCGCACAUCAUAUACCUAGUGCCACAUCCUUGCCAGCAGAGUCCAAUCAACCUCAGUAUGUUGAUGCACCACGGAUGACAUCCUCUCAAGCUGCCUAUGAUGCAAUGCCAUCCAUGGAAAGGGUUCCGCAGAUGAACUAUGAUCAGGUUACUCGAGAAGAUGUGAAGCUGCCUUCAAAAGAAUAUGGUUCUCUAACUGCUGCAUACCCCACAAAUACUGUGCAGCCAAGUAAUUCUGCAGCAUACCCCUCGAAUCCUGUACACCAAAGCAAUACUGCAGCACCAUCCCAAGCGGGGAUCUCUUUAACUCCUGAACUUAUUGCAACCCUAGCAAAGAUGCUACCAGCUAACCAGUUACCAAGUGUGGAAGGAGCAACCAUGCCUGCAGGAGCUUCUGCUGGAAUGUCUGCAUCAGAUGUUGCUCUUGCACCUGGUAAAGUGCAGCAACAGUCUUGGAGAUAUGACCAGCAAGCUCCUGGUCAAGCUGCUGAUCACAUGUUUGGCAGCCACUUUAACAACCAAACACAGGUUUUGUCACAGCUCCAAGCUCAUCCGCAAGUCUUGAACGCGCCUAACCAUUAUUCUCAAGGGGCUACUAGUUUUAGCCAAAUGCAAGACCAUAACCUCAACCUGCAAGCACAAGGCGGUCCUCCUCAGACAUUGACCUCGACCAUCAUUUCUCAAGGUACACAGCUCUCAGCCCAGCCCCAUGUUGAUCGGCAGCUUCAGCUUGGAAGGCAUCAAGAUGCUGCGAGUGGUUCUGGAAUAGCUCAUGGCACAGAUGCCUUAGGACAUUAUGGUUCAUCUGUUCCUCAACAACAAACAAAUCUUGCAUCAUUGACCAACCAGACUCAUGGUGCUAAUGUUUCCCAGCCACAAGCUGGCAUGCCUGUUGCCUCUGGGAUGGGGCUUGCAACUCAAAUGCAGCAGUUGCAAUCUGCACUUUAUGGGUCAGUACAGGAAGGAUCAGAAUCGGAGGUUGACAAGAAUGAACGCUACCAGGCAACUCUAUUAUUCGCAGCUAGUCUCCUCUCUAAGAUACACAACCAGAAGCCAAGCAGUCAAAGUGGGCAAGGGUCAGAUAAUCAUUGAAAGGAUCUCCUUGAGCUAGGUAGGGACGACAAUUGAGGCAGGGUAGGGCAAAGGCGAAGUAGAACUUUUCUUUUCAGAAAUUAAACGGGGCAGGGCAGGGCAGCACAGGGCAGAUGGUAGAGCGGGUCUAAGCUCAGCCUUUUGUAUUUGUUUUAUCUAACUUCUCUUAGACGGAAACAUUUUUUACUUAAAUGUUGGUUUGCUAGCAUGUU